GGGAUGCAGCAGACCUCCCUUAGAAGUGGGUCUGGUCUGCGUAUUGACCACUCUCCUCUGCAUUCUGGUUAUUUCCCCCUGGCCUGAUGAAAUUCCCCAUGACUUUUAGUCGUGUUUAGAAUUUUCUAUCUAUCUGCAAAAAUACUUCUUGUGUAGUUCUUCCUUCGGGAAGAUGAAGCUCGUUGGAGCCAGCUGGGAAUUGGCAUAGAGCUGUGUGUUUGAUCUUUUUGGUAAAUCCUAUCAUGUCUUACUUUUGCAUGUUCAAAAGUAAGAAAAAUAUUUUUGUGCCUGUUUGCAGCCAGCUCUCUCAGGAGAGCAGCUGGGAAUUAGUGCAAGGGGCUUUAACAUCCAGCUGCAGACUUCAGUGGAGAAGUCUGAUGUGAGGAAAAGUGGUGUAAGUCCCAGGUGGCCAAUGACAGAAAUAGUGGUGUUGGGAGGUGGGGAUCAAGGCUGUCCAUACAGUGUCAGACCUCAAGGGACUGUUCUUCCAGUCUGUCCAGACCUCAUCCUGGACAUCCUGGAUCAAUAUCAAUUAAAAUGUCUUGCUGCCACAUUAUCCAUAAACUGAAAAAUAAUGAAAAAAAUCCCCAAAUAUUAAAAAAAAUUAAAUGCUCAUAGAAAUUCUCACCUUUAACUAGACUCCCCCAAACCUCUCUAAUUAACUGUACAAGUCUUGAAAACUUGAAGAAAUUGUAGUAGAGACAGGGCUCAUUAGAGCUUUCUCUACUUUUAUGAGCCACAUGUUGUAUUUGGUGCUUAGCCCAUGAACAUCAGAUACUGAGACGAGGCUGAAAAACCUCUCAAGGAUUUAAAGCCAGAAGUAAAUGCCAAAGUGUAUUGGAAUGGUACUGAGCCCAGCUGAGGGCAAUUAAUGACAAAAUUUCCUCAGGGACUUCUUAGAGCUCUCUUUGCCUUGCUCGUCUCCCUGAGAUGCCCAGGCAGAAACCUCAGUCCUGCUGCACUUUGCAGAGGAGCUUCUCCUGGGCAGAGCUGUCUCUCUGCAGCGCUGCCGCUUGCCAUGAGCUCCCUCUGUCCCAGGAGCCCAGCCCAGCUCAGCAGCACAGCAGCAGCACAAGGCACUUUAACGACCCCUCUGGUGGGUUUGAUGUGGGGUCCAUGGACAUCAGAUGGUGAUGGGAAGUUGAAGAAACCUCUCAAGAAGUCAAAGUCAGAUUGUAACUCCAAGAUGCAAACCCUCCUGAGGAGGAGGGCUCUGUCCAUCCUCCUCCACAGCCAAGAAACUGAGAAUACCAUCCUGCCAGAUCCUGUCUCCUGCAGGAUGUGCCAGCUUCAGGAGAUCCCUCCAGGAACUGCAGCUGCAUUGCCUCAUAGCCAGAGACUUACUGUGUCAAGGACUGUGAAGAUUUCUCCUUCCAUGAACUCCCAGCAUCCUCCCCACCCCACAUUAACUUCUACCUCUGUCUGCCAUGGAGCUCAGUGCAGACCGUCCAUGUGCUGUCACAGGGUCCCCAGGAGGUACAGGAGCUGCCCGGCCCCAUGUCUGCAAGGCUGAAGGAGCAGCCCCUGCAGCCCUGGCUGCAGCCGUCAGGCUGGGGGUGUCUCGGGGGCACCACAGGGAUGUGCCGGGCACGGCGCCAGGAGGAAACCACAGACUUCCUGCCCGGGUGCCACGGGGGGAGCGCGGGGGCUGUGGUUUGUGCACCUGCAGGCUGCAGCUCUGAUCCACCCGUGGGGAAUAACGGCCCCUCGGUGACACGCUGACAGUCAGGAACACGUCUGAGCCUCUGGGCUGCACGUCUGCUGCCAGGACAGGGAUGUGUCCCAGCUCCAGCUCCUGUGAGGGACCUUCCAUGGGCUCUCCAUGGAGCGGUGGGUGAGACAGCGCUCCUGGGAUGGGGCUCUGCCCUGGGCUAAGGCCCUUUCCCAGCUGCUGCUCCCAGCACAGUGGGCUCUGUCGCAGGGACAGGGGCUGCUUCCUUCCCUUCCUGACACAGCCCCAGUGCAGUCCCAGCCCCCUGGGUCUUAUGGCACAAGAAUGGUUGGACACUCACACGUUGGGCUCUUGGAUGUGCCUGUCACAGGACGUGCUCGGUGCUCCUGGUCCAUUCCACAGUGCUCAAGGAGUGAAAAAUCUGUUUCCCCCAAUACAGCUGGUCCUGUCCUGUGAUGCUCCACCACCACAGUGAUGUGACACCUGCAGCGGAGCCGUCCCUCAUAUAUGGUCAUAAAUGGUGCUGGAGAAGUUCAUUGGAGGACCGGGCUGUGUCAGAGGGGAGAUAGCUCCCGAUAAUGUCUAAAAAGGUGUCGCUGCUUUGAUUGGCUCCUCCUGUAGCUGGGCUGGCAUCUACAGACAUAUAUUGCCCUCCCAUCAUCAUUGUUCCCACGAGUCUCUGGAGCUGUGGCAGGGAGCACGGCACAGAGGGAUGUGCCAUCAGGGCAGGAGGCUCGGGAUGGGCACAGAGAGACUCCUGUCCCCUCAGACACUGUGGCUGCUCUUCUGGGUACAGCUGUGCCAGGGUAAGUGUUGACUCCUUUGUCCCACCACCCAGGGCCAGUGGGUACAAGCGUGGUCAUGACGACCUGUCUGGGAAUGGGGUUUUUUUGCAGGCAUUACUGAGACAAGGAACAGAAGGUACUCAAAUCCGUGGAAUCUGUGCCUUUCUCUGUGCCCAUCUGGGUGGGAGAGAGUAUCUCUUUUUCAAGGGCUCCAGUGUUUAGGGCAGUCUGUGCCCAGCUGGGCUGAAAAACCCCCUGUCCUGGGGUACCCUUUUUGGACCCCCUAUUCCCCAACACUCUGCCUCUGGAGCAGGCCUCACUGGUGAUGGCAGCACUCAGAGAUACCCUGGGCAGUGCCAGCCAGUGGGGUGCCCCAGAAGGUUUGUGUGCUGCUCACCACUCCUUGUGCCAGGGGAGACUUGACCCCACGAGGGUAGUUUGUGCCCCACAGAGAGAAGAGGACAGGGACAUUCAGUAGAGAGAUGUUCUUUGUGAGGGGCCUGGCUCAGUGCAGGGGCUGGGCUGAUGCCAGGACAGAGGAGGGGAUGUGGGUGGGAGGAUCCUCUGGAUGGUCUCAGUGGGAACAGAGAAAGCCCUGGGGGUGGGUUUGGAUGGUGCCAGGGCAUGCAGUUUGCAUGGGAAGCUGCUGGCCUGGGUACAUGGGGCUGUUGUGGGUGUGCGAGGCUGCAGAGGAGUGGGUGCCCAGUGCAGAGCUGGGGAGUGUGCGGGUGGGCUUGGGUGCCGGGCAGGCGGCUGUUGGGGUGGGAAGACGUGCUUCGUGUGGUGGGGUGGAGAAUGACCCAGCAGUGCUGGAGGGCACCCCAGCCUUGCAGAGCUGUGGGGACAAAAGGGACCCUCACACUGCACUGGGGACAGACUUGGCCCAGGCAGGAGGUUCCCCAGACCUCCAGCACUGGGACUCGACACUCCUGACUCAUCCCUUGUUGGUGUUUGAAGGUGCCGUGGAGGUGAGGCUGGCGGAUGGUGGCGGGCGCUGUGCUGGGAGAGUGGAGGUGAAACACCAGGCACAGUGGGGGACCGUGUGUGAUGACUACUGGGGCAUGAACGAUGCUGCAGUGGUUUGUAAGCAGCUGGGCUGUGGAUCUCCUGUUGGAGCUCACUGGUUUGGCAAAUUUGGGCCAGGAUCUGGCCCCAUUUGGAUGGAUGAUGUCGGCUGUAGUGGUACCGAAUCUACCUUGUCUGACUGCAAACACAAAGGAUGGGGAAAUCACGAUUGUAGUCACACUGAGGAUGCUGGAGUGACAUGUUCAGGAUUUGUCCGUCUGGUGGACGGGAAGAGCCGCUGCUCAGGACGUGUGGAGAUCCAUGACGAGGACCAGUGGAAAACUGUUUGUGAUUCACACUUUGGCCCCAAAGCCGCUGACGUGGUCUGCAGGGAGCUGCAGUGCGGCGUGGCCCUGCCUACGGCUGGAGGAGGUCACUUUGGAGAAGGGGCUGGUCCCAUGUGGGGUGGAGAGCUGCAGUGUGUGGGGAAUGAGUCCCUCCUGUCCUCCUGCCCCAAGGGGUCCCCCAGGGACCAGGCCUGCACCCAGAUGAACAGCGCUGCCAUCACCUGCACACUUUUCGAAGGUGCUGUGGAGUUGAGGCUGGCGGAUGGUGGCAGGCACUGUGCUGGGAGAGUGGAGGUGAAACGCCAGGGACAGUGGGGAACCGUGUGCGAUGACAACUGGGGCAUGGAAGAUGCUGCAGUGGUUUGUAAGCAACUGGGCUGUGGAUCUGCUGUUGGAGUUGACCAGGAUGGCUAUUAUGGGCCAGGAUCUGGUCCCAUUUGGAUUGAUGGUGUUGACUGUAAUGGCACCGAAUCUGCCUUGUCUGACUGCACACUCGGAGGAUUGGGUAACUAUAGCUGUGAUCACAUUUAUGACACUGCAGUGAUGUGUUCAGGAUUUGUCCGUCUGGUGGACGGGAAGAGCCACUGCUCAGGACGUGUGGAGAUCCAUGACGAGGACCAGUGGAAAACAGUUUGUGAUUUACACUUUGGCCCCAAAGCCGCUGACGUGGUCUGCAGGGAGCUGCAGUGCGGCAUGGCCCUGCCUACGGCUGGAGGAGGUCACUUUGGAGAAGGGGCUGGUCCCAUGUGGGGUGGAGAGCUGCAGUGUGUGGGGAAUGAGUCCCUCCUGUCCUCCUGCCCCAAGGGGUCCCCCAGGGACCAGGCCUGCACCCAGAUGAACAGCGCUGCUGUCACCUGCACACAGUACACAGGGUUCAGGCUGGUGAACGGCAGCACAGCGUGUGCAGGGAGGGUGGAGGUCCAGGUUCUGGGGACCUGGGGGACCCUCUGUGCCUCCCGCUGGGAUCUCUUGGAUGCCCACGUUCUGUGUCGUCAGCUCAACUGUGGGUUUGCUGAGUCCAUUCCUGGAGGAGAGCAUUUUGGGAGAGAGACUGGCCUCAUCUGGAGAGAGUCCUUCCACUGCGAUGGGACUGAAGCCCACCUGGGACAGUGCCCAGCAGUAACCUUGGGGGCCUCACCAUGCUCUCACGGCAAUGCUGCUGCUGUCAUUUGCUCAGGCCCAGCCGACUCUGCAUCCCUGCGGCUGGUGGGCGGCGGGAGCCGGUGUGACGGGCGAGUGGAGAUCUUCCAGCGCGGGACAUGGGGCAGAGUCCUGGACGACCAGUGGGACGUGCGGGAGGCCAGCGUGGUGUGCCGGCAGCUGCGGUGUGGAGAGGCAGAAAAAGCCUACAACCCCCCAAAGUCUGAGCGAGGGAUGGGCCCCGUGGGGCUGCGAGGGGUCCGGUGCGCAGGGCACGAGGCCAGCCUGACCCUCUGCAACACCUCCCUGCCCGGGAGUGCCCUGCUGGGAGCGGUUGUGGAGGACGUGGGAGUCAUUUGCUGGGGGAGCCGGCGGGUCCGGCUGGUGAACCAGCCCAGGCGCUGUGCAGGAAGAGUGGAGAUCUACUACCAGGGCAGCUGGGGGACCGUCUGUGACGAUGGCUGGGACCUGUCUGAUGCCACUGUUGUGUGCCACCAGCUGGGCUGCGGAGGGGCGGUGGAGGCGGCCGGCUCCGCUUGGUUUGGGGAAGGCUCCGGGCAGAUCUGGCUGGAUGGCGUGAACUGCUCCGGGGCUGAAACUGCUCUCUGGGACUGCGCUGCCAGGCCCUGGGGGCAGCACGACUGCGGGCACAAAGAGGACGCGGGCGUCAUCUGCUCAGAGUUCGUGGCCCUGAGGCUGGAGAACAGUGAUGGCUGCUCCGGGCGCCUCCAGGUUUUCUACAAUGGGACAUGGGGGAGUGUUUGCUCUAGCUCGAUGACUCCUGACACGGUGUCACUGGCGUGCAAAGAGCUGGGCUGCGGGGAUGGAGGAUCCCUGGAAACAGGCCUGCCCUAUGGCAGGGUGUCUGGCCCUGCCUGGCUGGAUUAUGUGCAGUGUGGGGAGAGAACCAGCUCCUUCUGGCAGUGUCCCUCUGCUCCCUGGGACCCACGGUCAUGUGAUAACCUGCAAGAAGAGACCCACAUCACCUGCAAUGGAGGACGCCCAGAAAUGCCUCCAGAGCCUUUGACCCCGUGCCCCAACUCCAGCAGCUGCACAGACAGGGAGAAGAUCCGUGCCAUGGGAGGUGAGGAUGGCUGCUCGGGCAGAGUGGAGCUCUGGCAUCGUGGCUCCUGGGGGACAGUGUGCGAUGACUCCUGGGACAUGCAGGAUGCCCAGGUGGCAUGCAGGCAGCUGGGCUGUGGCCCUGCGGUGUCUGCCCUGCAUGAGGCUGCUUUUGGGGUGGGCCAAGGCCCCAUCUGGCUGGAGCGGGUGGAGUGCCAGGGGACGGAGUUGUCUCUGCAGGACUGCUGGGCCCGGCCUGGGGACGGACGUGCUUGCCGGCAUAAGGAAGAUGCUGCUGUGCGCUGCUCAGCUACACCCAGGACAGCAGCAUCCCCACCAGGAGCAGAUCCCCCUCGGGGCCGUCCCACUGCCAGCGGGAGAGUCUCAGUGCCCGUCAUCAUCUGCAUCAUCCUGGGGGCUCUUCUCUGCCUGCUCCUGGCCCUUCUGGCUGGGCAAGUGCUCAGUGCCAGGGCUGGGCACAGAGGCUCCAGGAAAGCCCAGGAGCUCUUCCCCGAGGCUGUGUAUGAGGAGAUCGGUUACAGCCCAGUGUGGGAGAAGCAGAAGAGGUUUGGUCGCUCAGGCUCCUCUUCAGAGCAGUCCCUUUCAGAGCAGCCCCUGACCCAGCUGCAGCUCUACCCUGGGCACCAUGAGGAGGAGCAUGGUCUGAGAUCAGCACCAGAUGUUAUUGUUCUGCCCGGGGAUGACCCAGCAGAUGGCUAUGAUGAUGCCAGGGAGGUUUCUGACCCUAGGGAGGACGUUGCCCCUAGGCAGGGAGCUUGGGAAAUGCCCAGGGUGCCAGAGGAGGAAGCAGGACCCAGGGAUGCACCCAGAGGGGGCAGCCUGUGCUCCCAGAGAAAUGCCGAGGUCCCUGGAGCCGAAGGAGACACCUCGUCUUUGACCCUGGAGAGCAUGGGCUAUGAUGAUGUUGAAGAGGACUCUCUGGCACAUCCUCAUGAGGACAGAGCUGCAACAGAGCUGGGUGCACAGCAAUCCCUGAGCCCCCGGCCAGGAGAGCCCAUCCCUGUUGUGCAGCUGGGUGCAGCCAGGAGGGAGGAGAGGUCUGUGCAGCUGGGAGACCCAUGAUCACCAGGGAACCAUCUACCUUUGCCCAUGGUCAGCAUAAACAGCCCAGAUUUUCCUUGUUUUUUUUUUUUUUUU